GCUCCCUUCCUCUGAUUCUCUGAAGCUCUGGAACUCUAUCGCGUGCGGGAGUCCACAGGGCGAGGAGACAUGCGAGCAGGCACCCCCGCCGGCGAUGCGGGCCCCAGCUCCCACGGCGGCGCUGGCUUCGGCUCCGGGAGCCGUGCGCCCGCGCUUCCGCGGAGGUUCCCCGGGGCGGCGCAGCCGGAGAUCAUGCGGGCGGCGGAGAAGGACGACAGCUACGCAGCGCACGUCACCGAGGCCUGCCGCGACGCGUUUCGACACCUCUUCGGUACCAGGGUUGCUGUUGCUUAUCAGAAUGAGAUAAAAUUGCUUGGUCAGUCCCUUUAUUACUUGCUAACAACUGGUUCAGGUCAGCAAACACUCGGAGAAGAAUAUUGUGAUAUAUCUCAGGUUGCAACCUUGCAUGGACUUCCACCUACACCAGCUAGGCGGAUCCUUUUCAUUUUGUAUCAAACUACUGUGCCCUAUCUUGCUGAACGAAUCAGCUCCAGAAUUGUUGCACGUAGUAUUGCCCUCAAUGAAUCUCAGUUUGAUGAUCACCUUGAAAGUGAUAAUUCUAGUAGUGGCAUUGCACAGUCCACCACAAAUAAUCAUGUUCCAUCAAGAAGCUUGAGUGUUUCUGCUUUAUCAAGGUUGAGAGGACGAGUUCAUGCCUUGUGGCAAUGGGUUCUUCAGAAAUGGCCUUCAAUGCUGCCAUUUGCUCAAGACUUUAUACAGUUGGCUAUCCGAACAAACCUAAUGUUAUUCUAUUUUGAAGGACUGUACUAUCAUUUGCCAAAGCGAGCAGCUGGUAUUCGUUAUGUAUUCAUUGGCAAGCCAAUGAAUCAGAGGCCUAGGUAUCAGAUUUUGGGUAUUUUUCUGUUGAUUCAGCUGUGUAUUCUUGGCGCCGAAAGACUCCGAAGAAGUAACAUAUCAUCCAUAGCUAGUUCCAUUAACCAGAUAUCAUCUGGAAGCUAUCCAUCGUCUACAGGUCGAGGCGUCCCUGUUUUGAAUGAAGAUGGACAUGUCAUCAGUGACAUCUGUGGUGGUAAAGCUGCAGAUGUGGCUUCUCAUUCAGAGGCUUCCAGUGGCAAGAGUAAAUGCACCCUAUGUCUCGGUACCCGGCAAAAUCCUACUGCCACGACCUGUGGACAUGUCUUCUGCUGGAAUUGCAUAAUGGAGUGGUGCAAUGAGAAACCUGAGUGCCCACUAUGCCGAACUCCGAUUACUCAUUCGAGUUUGAUCUGUAUAUAUCAUUCAGAUUUCUAGCAAAUCAUUUCUUACAGUAGCAAGGCCAUACUAUUCUUUACUGGCAUCAAAAUGAUGAUUCUAGACCAUAGUUCGGCCAGAAAUCUGCAUGCUGAACUGGUUUCAUAUACUGAAAGAGGAAGAAGAGGUCGAGACCAUUUCAAGAGGUUGAGGACCAGACAAAGUUGCAUAUGGUAAUAAUGUUGCAGAGUUGAAACUGCAAAGAGCACUAGGAACCACACAGAAGAAAUUAUUUAUUUGUAGCACAGAUAGAUGUCUUGUAUUAUGCACAUUCUGGGCACCGAUGUGAAUUUUGUAGAGUAGAACAAUGACUGGCUCGAAUCAUAGAGCUAUUAACAAUGUGGUAUUUCGAUUUUUUCUAUACCUAUCAUCUUAUAUUUUUUUUGUGACCGAUC